AUGGUCGCAACUAAAAUCGAUAAACUUCACAGAUUCUUCAUACAGCGCCGCAAGCCCGACUCCAUCCUGGUCUCCACAGUGGUGGAUGUCAGCGUCAUCGGGUUUCUCUGGAUCCUCGUCCUUGGCGGUGUUGCGGCAGAAUCAUCCGUUGCGGAUGUGUUUGACAGGUGUGAUAGGUUCACGACCUGCGAUCUUGGUAAAGCCGUGCUCGGUCUCGGCUGGCUAUUCUUCUUCAUGCUUCUCGGCCUCUUCUGCUGGAUGUUGAUCUACACUUUCAUGCACUAUGGAUCCUCUUGGUCAGUCUGGAGAACUCCGUUCGCCCUGCUUGUAGAGCGAGGUGCCCCUGUAGCUUCAGGUCGAGAUGUCGAAAACAAGCCCGGAGUACCUGCUUCCACUGACCAUCAACAACAAGCCCAUCACACCGCUCAACCUGCUUCUACCACGUAUCCUCCGGCGAACGAUCCUGUAAUGGGACAGGCUCCGCUUCAGAUGUCACAAACUCAGCCGACGAGUACUCAGGCUCAGACCUAG